UGUCUCAGACCUACCUGCCGCCCCGCGGAGCUGCACGCGCUGCCCGGAGAAGCCGCGCGAAGUUUCGGUUGGGCUCGGUUCACUCUGAACGGGUUCUAAGUGGAUUUGCUUAGAGCCGGGAUCCGAAUCAGAUCCAACGGGAAAGGCAGAAGCAGAAUUGGACCAGUAGCGGAACCAGGAUUUGAUCCAGAAGCAGGAGCAGAUACAGUACCGGUAUCGGGACCAUGUCCCGUGCGGAACAGCGCGACGAGGCGGACUGCGUGUGUUCGGUCGGGAUGAAGUUAACCUGGGACAUCAACGACCCCAAACUGCCGCAGGACCUGAAGCAGUUCGACCCGUUCCAGGAGUGGACAGACGGUUACGUUCGCUACAUCUACAGUGCUGAUGAUAAGAACGGUCAAAGACAUCUGUCAGGCUGGGCCAUGAGGAACACCAACAACCACAACUGUCAGAUCUUAAAGAAGUCCUGUCUGGGCGUGGUGGUCUGUUCCCGAGGCUGUACCCUGGCGGAUGGGUCCAGACUGCAGCUCCGCCCCGCUAUUUGCGACAAGGCCCGACAGAAACAGCAGAAGAAGAUGUGUCCAAACUGUAACGUUGCCCUGGAGCUGCUGCCAUGCAGAGGUCACAGCGGUUACCCUGUCACCAACUUCUGGAGAGUCGACGGCAAGGCCAUCUUCUUCCAGGCUAAAGGGGUCCAUGAUCAUCCAAGACCAGAAUCCAAGUCUGAAACCGAAGCCAGAAGAAGUUCAGUAAAGAGACGAGUCAGUUCACCCCCGUUCACACCAAAAAGACGUUUGAUUGAAACACAGGCCCUGGGCCCCACCCUCCUCUGUGUGGAACCAGCAGAAAGGAUUUCUUUCAUUGAGCCAAACUUCCCACAGCAUUACCCAGCAUUCCAAAGCAGUGACACCUACUACAACCCCCACAAUGCACUGGGAGACACCCCACCCACCCUUCAGAAACCAACCAAUCCAAGAUUGUACAUGGGCCCACCUGGCUACGAGUUCCAAGGAUACCUGACCUCACCUACAUAUCCUGUGACCUCUGAUCUCUGCGAUCCCAGGGUGACACCUGUCCUGGGUUCUUCCUCAACACCCUCAUCCUCAUCAGCACCCCUCUCAUCCUCAUCCUCCUCCUUUGACCCUCAGACGAAGCCCCCGCCAGCGUGGAAGGAGCUGCUGAAGAGUUCUGCCCCCUAUGGUGAUAACCACCAUUACUAUAGCACAGAGUACCCCUGUAGGUACCCAAGUAACCCACCAGGGUCCCCUGCUGCUCUGCAGACCAUCAUCACCACGACAACCAAGGUGUCCUACCAGCCCUGUCCAAAGCCUCCAGGGGCGCUGCCUCCCUACCAGUCAUGUCCUAAACCUUCAGCCGGCCUCCCAUCCUACCAGCCCUGCGCUCCCACCAAACCUCCAGGCCUGCCUGGUUGCUCCUCCCUGCUGGAAGAUGUCUCCUCUUCUUCUUAUUCCACUGAAGUAAAGGUGACUGAGGAGUCUGGUGGAGUCAUAAAGUCUCUGUCAUUUCCCCCUGAACCUCUGCAGACCAAAACAGAGCGGGUCGAUGGCUACGAUUACCGCUAUGCCUACCCCAACGCAUAUCGCUAUGAUGACUACUGACUCAUCUCUAAUUCUGUUGCCAAGGCAACUAAAAAAGAUGAAACAAACUUGCGGAGAGAGCCAAACAUCACACAUAUGAAGGGUUCCGGGUCUGACCCAGAACACCAAACCUUUAGUCAUUAAAAAACUUUUGGAAACACCUCUGAACAUGCGAGCAUCAGAUGAACAUUUUUAAUGGAUGUUCUUGUCCUGGAGCCUCAAUAAGGACAGAACCUCCUCUGUUCAUUGGACCUAAAGGAACUGGGUUCAGUCAGGAUCUGAUGGGGCCACAGUUCUGAAAGUCUACUCAGAGGAUUGCUUGGUUCUUAAGGAGUUAACAUCAGAGCUUAAUAGAUAUGUGCAGCUAUUGUUUUCUUUGAAUGAUCUCCUGUAUCAUCCUGAUUCUCUCACUGAUCCAUGCAAGACAAACAUACGUCAGAACAUGUUGACAUGAGCGGGUUCUGAACUAGUUUUUCUCAUUUAACGCCACCAUCAACUGGUCUGUGUACAUUACAUGACCUUCUCCAUGUCAGAGCUCCUCUGAUGCCAUUUCUGACACAUCAGGGUGAUCUCAUUGUUCUCCAUGUAAGAUGUUGUUACUGUAGAGACCUCACACCAUCAGGGUUCCUCCACCAUGUAGAAGAAAACAAGAUGUUUCCAAAGCCUUCCAUCAGACUUUAAGAACAAUGGACCUGUUGCAGAGAACAUUUCAUUCCUUGUAGAUGAACCCUCAGUGCUCUGGGUUUGUAGCAGGACCUGGGAUGUUUCAUGUUCUACCAGCAGAUCCUCUCCUCUGAAGAUCUGCACGCAGAGAACCCGAUGAAGCUGCAGGAUUCCUCUCCACAGAUGUUCUGAUUGUUCAGUGGAUCCACAGAAGGAGCUGAACGUUCUGUUUCUGAGCAGCAGGAAACCACUUGUUGGUCAUGGCUGCUUCUGGUUUGGUUCUGAAUGUGACAAUAAGCACUUUGGUGUGAUUGGACUUAGAGUUCUACAGGAAUCAGCAGUUUUUUCUGUUAGCCGGGGUGAUGUAGAGCUUUAAAUAAACCCAGAACCACGUGACCCAGAUGACUUUUUGUGAUUUAGUUUGUGAGGAACACUAUCAAGGUUCUGUUUGUCUUUAACACAUUUCAGCUGAUGAAGAAUAAAAAAGGUUAUGUGA